CAGCAUCCCGCUGCCAUAGAAACCAAAAGGAGCAUCCCGGGUGGUGCAUGCAAGGCUCGCAGUAUGUGCGCUCAGGAGAGGGAGCGCAUCGACAAAAGAUAGAGCUAGCAGAGUGGUGGUGUUAUUGGUUGGGGGGAGGUAAGGAGAAGCAGAGGGAGAAGUAAGCGGGUGUGGUUAUUCAGAAAGGAAAAGUGACUUUCACGGACGCUACUUUUGGCCUCCUGCUCGGUGUGUUUGUGCUCUGUGGCUUAGUUCUGCUGGGCCUCCUCGCCUUUGGCUCCUGGAAGUGGUGCGGUCCGCCUCGGCGGAGCAAAGCCAGCUUUCUCGCUCCGUCCCCCAGCCCGGAGCACCACCCGCUGCAGCUGCCUCACCCGGUGCCAUUGCCGUCGCCCCCAGGUCCCCAACAACAGCAGCAGCAGCAGCAGCCAGCGGUCACCAUGGCAACAGAGAAAGUGAAGGACCCCAUGGGCCCGAUGGGCUUCCUGGAGGCAGCGGUGAAGAUAAGCCAUACAUCUCCUGACAUCCCCACUGAUGUUCAACUCUCCAUGAGGGAGCACUUCCUGCGCCGCACACAGCGCAUGCAGAGGCAAACAACUGAGCCGGCUUCCUCCACACGGCACAAUUCCUUCAAAAGGCACCUUCCCCGGCAGAUGCAGGUCGGCAGUCUAGACCUGGGGAACGACUACAUGUUGGACAAAGAGGAAAAAUCCACAAGCAUUGGCCGUAUUCAGCCAGAGCUCUACCAGCAGAAAACGUGUGACUCCGGGGACUCCUCCAAGAACGGCAGCAGCAAAAACUGUGGCAGGAUUAACUUCUCUCUCAAGUAUGACUAUGACAAUGAGGCCCUGCUUGUCAACGUCAUCAGGGCGGUCGACCUUCCCGCCAAAGAUUUGUGCGGCACCUCCGACCCUUACGUCAAGAUCUACCUGCUGCCUGACCGCAAGAAGUUCCAGACGCGUGUCCACCGGAAGACCCUCAACCCCACCUUCAGUGAAAGCUUCCACUUCCCCGUGCCUUAUGACGAGCUGGCGACUCGGAAGCUCCACAUGAGCGUUUUCGACUUUGACAGGUUUUCACGACACGACAUGAUUGGCGAGGUGGUGAUGGACAACCUCUUUGAGACGUCGGAUCUAUCCCGGGAAACAAAUCUAUGGAGAGAUAUCGACUACGCAACAAGUGAGAGUGUCGACCUUGGGGAGAUCAUGUUUUCACUCUGUUACCUGCCCACUGCUGGAAGACUCACACUGACUGUCAUCAAGUGCAGGAACCUCAAGGCCAUGGACAUCACUGGAUACUCAGAUCCUUACGUCAAAGUGUCACUAAUAUGUGACGGGCGACGUCUGAAGAAGAAGAAGACCAGCAUCAAAAAGAACACUCUCAAUCCCACCUACAACGAGGCCAUCAUCUUUGACAUCCCACCCGACAGCAUGGACCACGUCAGCCUUCACAUCUCUGUCAUGGAUUAUGACUUGGUCGGUCACAAUGAGGUCAUCGGCGUAAUGCGGGUGGGAUGCAAUGCAGAGGGACUGGGAAGGGACCACUGGAACGAAAUGUUGGCCUACCCUCGCAAGCCCAUCGCACACUGGCACCCUCUACUGGAGUCCAAAAAAUCUGAGAAGGAGUGGAAAGCAAGAGCCGCUAGCUUUGACAGCCAGGGCUCCUGCCCUUCCCCUCGCCCCCCAGCGACACCCUGAGCAACGCCGCCUGCGACCCCUUACGACCCCCUGCAACCCAGAUGGGGGGCGGUGGGAGGAUCUUCCUGCCUCCUGCUGGUCCACUUCCUGUCUGUCUGAUUAUUGAGGAGAAACCCUGCUGUCGCUCCUGCUCUGUCUCCCUCUCUGCGCCCCGACCCACCCCUCAACCCACGCCAGCGUGGUCUGAGACUCAUCUGGAAGCACAUCAGGUCAGGCCGUAUUUUUGGGUGUUAUGACUGCUCAACCUUGCUGAGGCAGGUCUUACAGUGUCCUUCCUCCUUGGUUGGAUGUGUGCAGAGUCAAACUAAGACAAAGUCGUGAUGAUCAGGGGAUGUUUCUUGAAGCAACGUAGUAAGUCCAAGGAGGCGCGUGUGGCUUUUCAAAAUGUUCUGGUGCUGCAUUCAUUUAUAUCAAAACAAAACGGAGCUUCAUUAAGGUGUCAAAGUUCAGUUUCCCGUUUUAUCAUCAUGUGAUGUGAUUGAAUUUUUUUCACGAACAAGCAGUCAACUGGAUGUUAAGCACUGUAAAAAGUAUUUCAUUAAAGAGAGAAAACAUGGAAAUACCACUAAUGGCAAUUCGUAUUUGCUAUUUUCUCAAAAAAUGGCUGUCCCUUAGUAGAUGCCCUGACCUAAUUAGCCGCCAGUUGUGUCAUCGACAUACGACAAAUAGAAAGUCUCCCUCAGAGAGAGGCCUCCCUUUACUCAUGACAAGACAACAAAAAUUUUGGGCCCUAAUUUUAUAGACAGAUGCAUGUGUGCUCAGCGUGAAAACUGUUGCAUCUUUAUUUUUGUGCCGGAUCAAGUUUAUCGUGUUUGCGAAUCGCGUUGCACCUCAAAGGCAUUCUGACGUAUUUUAUUGCAUGCCUUGAGGUAUCGAGCAGUUUGGUGACCAAACAUUCUUUGACUAGCUUAAAAGCAGGUCUAAGUUGUGGCGCAGGUGGUGUAAUGCAAUUUUGGUGGAUUUGAUCCAGUUGGAGGCAGACAUAUUCUGGUACGCACAGUUAGACUGUGCUUUGCACAAUACUUGCACAUGAAAAUGACGCCCUUGAAGAGCACUUGAACGUUUGAGGAUUUAUCACACGUUGUAAUGCGCUACUCGACACAGAUGCAACAGUGAUUUGCGUUUGACUUGUAUGUGCAUCCUUAUUUAUGCUUCGAGGAGUAACACAACUUUUUUGUUCCGCCAAGUCUGCCACGUUUCUUGAUGUUUAGCUGCACUUCUCCAUAAUCGUCAUGAUUUUGUUUUAAACCCCAGUUUCAAUUGACAAAUAUACAAAGUAUUCUAGUACUACCAUAUUGGUAAAUAUCAUUUUAAAAUGUGUUUAUACAAAUAAACUGAGAGCGUCUCCCCCACUGUAAAAGGCCUCCUUCCAUCUGAAGUUUAGUAAAUAGACGUUACUGGCCACAUGCCGUGAAUUGAGCACAACUUGAUGUUUGCAGGGUCUCCUCUUGUUUUGGAGGAUGUCAUGUAUAAUUAUGUGCAUAUAGUUAUGUACAGACACUUUUUUUUUUCGUGAUUGUAUGGCUUCUUUGAACCCAGCUAGAUGUAGCCUAGCAGGUGAUGACAAUUAGAAAAAAAAAAGCCUCCUCGAUGUUUACUCUGUCUUGAAACAUUGCGUUGGUUCUCUUGUGGAAAAUGUUAUCAUUUAUCACCUCAGAUUCUGGUGUGGUUCAGUUGUAUUGUUUUUUUUUUUUUUUUUUUUUUUUGGACCUGUCAGAGUUAACAUGAACUUGAAAAUGAAUUGAAAA